CGAGUAGUUUGACUUGUGACUCUGAAGUCUGAACUUUGAGUCAAAGCAAAGGGCCAAGGGAUUUUCCAACGUGGUUUUAGAGUUUUACUGACGCAAUUUCACUUGUUUGAUUAGACUUCAAAUAAUAAGAUAGAAAAAGCAUAAUAACAAGAAAAUGAAAAAAGAUAAAUCGAGACGAUCCUCUUUUUCCAGUGUCGAGUCAAUCGCCUUUUGCACGCUUUAAACUUAUGUAUCAUCAUCAUGUAGGCCUACUUUCAUUUCUUUUCAUCAACAAAAGGUGUACAUUAUCGGGUCGGGCCAUGCUUACGAAGAAUCUCUUAUUCAGUUUUCACUAUGUUUCAGUAGUAAUAUGUUCAUGCUCUCGCCAACUUCUAAUCAAACAGACUUUGGACUAUUUAUUUGGACAAUAAUUGGACAUUCUUUCUACGUAAAGACAACAGAUAAUCGAUAAAGAGCAGGCGAUUCUGUGUAGACUUGAUGUAAUCGAGGCGACCUCUGCAAUCGGCAUGUUUUGCAGGCAUAUUCCACAGAGUCGUCUGCAUAUUAUUCACGUGCUAGUGGCUCCCAAAAGUUUUAACAAGAAAAUCCCGAUGAACUUGAUGACUGGCGGAAAAAGAGUUACCCAAUGCUGAAAGGCUUAUACUUGUUGUCUCAAACGACCCGACUGCAUAUUAUUGACACGUUGUUUUCCUUCAGAUGAGGAUUAUAUUGCUUCAGGAUAUGGAUAAAACAUUCCGCUCGCUUGAACUGAUAACUGCAGAUAAAGCCAGCAAAGUAUCCACGUGUAAAGGUGAACCAACUAUGGAUCAACCUCCAAGUAUAGUCCAUUACACACAUCUUUGACACUUGAGUCUUGAACUCUUGACGCAAUAUUAAAGCCUCCCCAAAAUGCACGACAAAGGAAAAAAGAAAUGAAAAUUCCCGUUGUGCCGAGAUCUACUUGAGUCAGUUGAGUAGACCAGGCGAGUCAGACGAUCAGUAUUCGGGCGGCAGCGAAAACCAGCAGCUGCAACUUUCAAUCUAAAUUUCAAUAGCUCCGAGCACCUGGAUGCAGAAUGGAUUGUGAAGGCAAAUUCAGCAGCAGUUCAGAAAACUCGUCGGAUUCGAAAAAGAUUGAAACAGAAAUCGCAGAAGAAGAAGAAGAUGUCGAAUAUGUCGUAGUGGCGCCGGAUGGAGGAUACGGCUGGAUCGUCAUAGGAGCCAGUUUUUUGUGCAUCCUCAUCUCCGAUGGAAUUCUCUUCAGCUUCGGAUUGAUUCUCUCUGAAUUGGAGCGGGUUUUCGACGAACCUGUUGCCAAAGUGGCUUGGAUAUUCUCCAUUGUUAACGGGAUCUCAUUGAUAUCAGGCCCCAUAGCUUCUGCGUUGAGCAACCGGUUUAGCUUCCGGGCCGUCGUCCUAACGGGUAGUAUAUUUGGUUUUGUGGGGCUGUCGACCUCAUCGUUGGCCCAGUCGGUAGACAUUUUGUUUUUCACGCUCGGAAUUCUAUUCGGAGUGUCGAUCGGUUUGAUUUUCACUCCGCUCGUUGUAGGCGUGGGCUUCUAUUUCGACAAACGACGAGCAUUGGCCACUGGAAUCACCGUGUGUGGUUCUGGGGCUGGCACUUUUGUUUUUGCCCCCGUCAUUUACUGGCUAUUGGAAAAGUAUGCUAUCCGAGGAACGUUCCUUAUUCUGAGUGGGAUUUACUUGAACUGUGCAGUUCUUGGGUCACUACUCCUACCGUUGAAACCCCAGCGGCGUAAAAUACUCCAACCUGAAGGAGUGAAACUACUUGAAGCUAAUGAGACCCCAAAUGCUCACAAAGAAGAAGAAAAUAAUAAGCAAGAUCUUAAGGCUCUAGAACAAGGGCAGUUGAAUAAUAAGAAAGUCAACGUUGAAAAAGGGAAUAAGAAUGCUACCAAAGGGAAAGAGCUAUCCAGGCGGGAGUAUUUGUCGAGUAUCUUCAAGUUCUCGCUAUUCCGGUCGCCGACCUUUGUCGUCGUUUGCAUCUCUAGUUUCUUCCAGUCUAUCGGAUGGUUCGUACCUUUUGUGUAUCUGGCAGCUCACGCCGUCAACAUGGGAAUACCCAAAGAGGAAGCGUCGUUUCUGCUAUCGAUUGUCGGCAUCUGUAGCAUGAUGGGACGCAUUAUCAACGGAGUGCUUGCUGAUCAUCCAAAGGUUAGCGUACUCCUUAUGAAUAACAUUGGACUUUCAGCUUCCGGUUUGCUGAUUAUACUUUGCCCAUUUUUUAUCUCGUACGAACUACUAGUCUUUUAUUCCAUAGUCCUCGGGCUAGCCUUGUCCUGCACCGCUGUUACACGACCAAUUUUACUCGGUGAGCUCCUGGGAUUAGAAAAUGUCAACAAUGCUUACGGCUUCAUGCUCGUGUUCUACGGAGUGGCUACUCUCUUUGGAACUCCCAUGGCUGGUUUACUUUAUGACACUUUGGGUGAUUACCACGGCGCCUUCUAUCUCGCCGGAUCUUUCGUCCUUCUCUCUGCCUUCAUGUGUUAUCCUCUCGGCGUAAUUAAUCGGUGGGAAAAGCGGCGGAAUUCUAAGAAUUGAUUGGUCUCAUUCGCGGCGUGUUUUUUGUUCAUGUUGAAAUCGCUAAAACAGCUUAGAGUCUUGAUUGAACUUUGGCUUUUGCUGAUAACAUAAUUUUUCAAUUACAUAAAACCUUCCACAAUACUUCCGCGUCCGCUUAACCUUUCACCCGAUAAGCUGAAUCGCGCCUACUACCCUCCUCCAAACAAUGAAUUGUUUGUAGGUAAAAUAAUUUCUCCGCUGGUUUCGAAAUCCCUUUAAUUCCUUGUGAUUUGUUCAGUCGAUAAUGUUUAAUCUAUUUUAUACUUGUGCGUCUAAAAAGCCGGGUGAUGCAAGUAGUGAAGUCAUAAAUCUACAUUCCAUAUUUGUUAUCAUUUCAAGCGUUUGCGGACUAAACAAAUCUUGUUGAUCCUUGAGACUACCCGCGGAUUAAUUUAUUGUAUUCAUUUGAAAUGGAGUGUGGCAAUAUAGGCGCGAACGUCA